ACACACACACACCGACUUAGACACACGCACUCUCUCGCUGACUGAGACUGACUGUCUCACACACACACACACACACACACACACACACACACACACACACACACACACACACACACACACACACACACACACACACACACACACACACACACACACACACACACACACACACACACACACUUAGACAUGGCUUUGGACUUGAGACAGCUGGGGUCUGCUGGGCCCAACUAGCCUAGUGUUGGUGUUAGCAUGUCACUGCUCUGUCACAGCACCCCAGAGGACAGCUUGGAGUAUGUCUGUUCACCUGACCACUGUGAUGGAGAGGAGGAGGAGAGGGAGAAGGAUGAAGAGCAGGGUACUCUGCAAGAAGUUCUAUGUGCUGAAAGAGUGGGCCAGAUGACUAAGACAUACAGUGACAUAGAUGCUGUUACUCGUCUGCUUGAAGAGAAAGAACGGGACUUGGAGCUCGCCGCCCGCAUCGGCCAGUCACUGCUGAAGAAGAACAAAACCCUCAGUGAGAGAAAUGAAUUCCUGGAGGAGCAAGUGGAGCACAUUCGAGAGGAGGUUUCUCAGCUGCGCCAUGAUCUGUCUAUGAAAGAUGAGCUUCUCCAGUUCUACACUAGUGCAGCAGAGGAGAGUGAAGGAGAUUCGUCCAGCUGUACCCCCAUCCGCCACAAUGACUCCACACUGUCGGUGCCAAGUUACUUCCCCCUGGACUCCCUGCAGAAGAAACUCAAAGACCUGGAGGCAGAGAACAUCUCUCUUAGAUCAGAGGCCAGUCACCUGGAGACGGAGACGGAGGAGUAUGAGGAGAAGGAGCAGCAGCUGGUCAACGACGUCGUCAAAGAGCUGA